AUGGCAGCACUUGCAGGAGCAUGGUUAGCUUAUGCUAUAAUUAUAGCUGUAGACAUUCAUGAAAGUGAACGUUUAGCUACAAUUGUUACGAUUUGUUCUUUAGCUCUGUGUUUGAGUGCAAUAGCGUUAUUUCCUGUAGAUAUAUUUUUAGUAUCCUCAACGGUUGAUUUAAAUACAGGGCUAAAGCAUAGUUGGGCUACUCAAGAUCAGGUUCAAAGCAUUUUAAAUCAAAUAAAUGGUGUUUAUUAUGGAAUGUAUGGCUUGAUUGCUAUAUUCUGUUCAUUAGUAAUUCCAUUUGCAUAUUUCUAUUUCGAAGAAUAUGAUGAGGGUGAAACAAAUCGACAGCGCAUUGCAGGUGCCUUAAAGUAUACGGGAUUUUUUCUGGCGUUCAUGUUGAUUUGUUUCGUAUUUGGAAUUAUCUUACAACCCAAAGAAAAAAAAAUACCCCUUGACUUGGAUUUUUUCAAAAAAUUCUUGUCGGAAAGUUUGGGCGAGAGUAGUAUUUCUUUCAUUAUAGCUAUUCUUAUGAUAAUUGGAAUGAUCGUUUUUGUCGUGUACACUGCUCCCGGACUUUCGUUACUCCCGAUUAGAAUGAUUAAAGGGGCAAAUCAAACUGGUCCAUCAAUUUCUGAUAUUGAAGGUUCUUUAAGACUGAAUCGUGAAAAGCAAAGAGUUAUAACGUCGAAAUAUCAGGAUUCCAAUAAUCCAAUGGCUAGAAAAGAUGAACAAAGAUUGAAAAACUUACUCACUGAAGAAAAAAUAUUGGCUCGACGAUUGCAAGUCUAUGAGGCAAAUAGUAGAGGAUUAUUGAACAAAAUUCUUGUUAUUUUUAGGCCAUUUGAAUGUAAUCAUACUACUAUCGAUAAAGUUCGAAAUUGUUCGGAUUAUCCAAUGUUGAUUAUUCCUUGUGAUGUUAAAGCACCAACAGGCAAUUUUGAUUUUUUAUUUCCAUAUAUUUGCACCCCUACAGCGAUAUCAACAUUCAUUCAACGCAUAACUUUCAAUACCCCAUUCUUUGGUGUGGUAUUUUAUUAUGCACAAUGGGCCUUUUUAAUGGUACUAGCUAUUGGUUUUGUUUAUUCAAUCAUUAGACCACAAAGUUAUAUAUCUCUUGAUGACUUUGAAGAUGAAUUGCAAGAGGAUAAUGAAGAAUUAUUGCAUCCUCAUCCUGUUUCUAGUUGA